UUUCAUCGUUGAAAUCGAAUUGACUGACGAUUUUCUUCUUCCAGGCCGUUUUUCAUGCGAAAAAGUCGAUAAGAAAGGCCAGUUCGGGUGGUGCUGAUGGUGGCGAUGCGCCGGCCCAGGCACAAAAGAUUUUACAGUUGGAACCGCCCCCCGAGGCCGUCAGCCGGACCCGCGAUCCCAAGGGAUUUAGACGCAAGCCCCGAGACAAGCAAGGAUGCCACAACCACGAUGGCCGGUGCUGGCGUACGAACGGAUCGCUGGCCCAAAAGUCGAUCUAUCACGCUGCCAUAGAGGGCGGCGCCCGGCACAACGUGAUGCGAUGGUUAACGUGAGCGAGUCCGGCCUUGUCCUUGCCUGUCCGCCGUGGCUGAUCUGCUGAGGGCAUCACGACCCAUCCUGCGGCCACCGCGGGCAACAUACUUAUAGCCUGCUACUCCGUUCUGUGUACUUUUGACGACAAGACGGCUGCCUCUGGGCUCGCUGAAAAGCAAAGAGAUCGAACGGAUCGAUAUAAGGACGAGCGACGAUAACUAGCUAGCUAACUAUCGAUAAGGAUGGGUAAAUGUGGCCCGUCGCAUUGCGCUUGGCCCGCACUGGCAGCGUUGAUACUCGGCCUGGGAAUAGGGAACAUCUCGGCUGCGUCGGUCUACAUCGCUGCAGAGCAGUGUCUUGCCCCAGCACCCUCUGCUACUGUGCCGGACUAUGUCAUGAAAUAUGCUCCGUUGAUAUGGAUACACUCGCAAGAUCCGUACCAGCCGUCAGAUAUCGGAGCACAGCUGAAGAACUCGAUUCCCAUGAUUAACCAUGUUGCCAUUCCCAAUGUCCCGACAGACAUCGCACUCAAUAAUCUUGACCAGCUCAACAAGCUGGGCGGGAACAAGGUGUGUCUCACGUCGAAAGAGGGCAUCCAGGCUCUGCCAGCCUGGUUCAGAGGCGUCAAGCCGAACAAGGACGGUAAAACCGAGGGAGCGGUUUCGUCUGCGAUCGUUGUUCGGGAACACGGAGACGAGGGCAAGACCGUUGAUGCAUUUUAUUUCUACUUUUAUGCGUACAACCAGGGCAACACGGUGCUGGGCAUAGAAUUCGGCGAUCAUGUUGGUGACUGGGAACACAAUAUGAUCCGCUUCCGCGACGGCAAGCCGGAGGCCAUUUGGUACAGCCAGCACGCUGCUGGCCAGGCCUUCCAGUACAGCGCAACGGACAAGCGCGGAGUGAGGCCAAUUGGCUUCAGCGGUAACGGUACCCACGCCGUCUACGCCACUGCCGGAACCCACGACCACACAAUUCCUGGGUUAGAUCUACCCGCCGGGUUUCUCGAGGACGAGACGGACGAAGGCACGCUAUGGGAUCCCACUCUAAGCGCAUAUGUCUACUCCUACUCCUCGACAACCGGCUUGUUCACUCCUUAUGAUCCCAACACGCCUACCAACUGGCUAUACUUCCAGGGCCGCUGGGGCGACGAGCAGCUGCCGGACGAUGCGCCCGGCCAGAUCGAGCUAUUUGGCCAGCGCAAGUACUCGACCGGACCCGAUGGGCCAAUGUUCAAGGAGCUCGUGAGGGAGAAGGUAUGUCCGAGCGGCGUGAAGCUGUGUCUCGUCCUGCCGUGGGUGACUGCUGUAAAGGAAGAGGAGAGGAAGCAGAUGCUGGCCGAUCUCGUCAAGGAGGAGCUCGAACGCGAGAGCAAGAAGCACUCCAAGCCUCUCGAAUGAUUCCUUUUCUCGUUUUCCCUUCAUGUUGUUCAUGUUCAUGCUGUGACGUUGAUAUUAAUGUUUCCUAUACCCCCAUCCCAAUGUGCUGCCACUUUUGUCUUCUGUUUAACCUGCAGCUUGCAAACUGCAGCCCUCAAUCUUCAACGACUCUUCCAAGCAUUAUUCUCUUCACAAGACCAUGCUUUCUCCGGAACGACGUGGCCGAAGAUGCCCCUGAGCUGUCACUGUUAGUGCGUUUCAGGUCGAGCCGGGAUCGAAGCUAAAAGAGGAGAUGCCACUCUCACCAGCACACCGCGGCCUGGACGAAUCAGUGCUAGCGGACAGAGCUGCGGAGCCUCUCUCCAGCUUGUCUUCUGGCGUUCCUGCGCCUGGUUGGCCUGCCGAUGGGUGUCUCGAACUCCAUGACCCGUGGCUGCGAGCGUGUGUUGAUAUCCUGCGUUUUUACCCCUGAGCGAGCCCCCGUUUUUUUCUCCUCCAA